AUUACAUAAAAAAUUUGAAAAUGAAAAUUGAAUUGUUAAUAUUAAUGUUUUUUAUUAAAAGUAUAACAUUUGAAGUUGGACUUGUUGAUUGUAAAAUAUAUAAUGCAGAUCUACAAAAACAGUAUAUAACAUAUUUUAAACAAGUAAUGAAUCACUUACGAAAUCAAAUAAUAAAAUCAAAUCUGUAUCACAUAUCAAUAAGGAGUGAAAAUGACAAAAUAAUGAGCAUACAAGAAACUCUAAAAAAUAGAUUUUAUGGUAUUAAUUAUUCAAUAAAAAUAUAUUAUAUAAUAGUUGAAUUAAUUAACUAUCUAUUUAUUGAAGGACUAAAACAAUUUACUGAACACUUAAUGAUCAUUAUAGAUAAUUGUGAACAUUUUUUAAAAAAAAAUUUAUUUCAAAUCGCAAUUUACUGCAUUGUAGUACUUUUAAAUGCAGUUAAAAAAUCAAAUGAAAUGUUUGAAUAUUUAUACAAAGCGAUAACAUUUAUUGAUUACUUAGAUAUGAAAAUACUGAAUAUUUCAUUAAUUCAUAGAAAAACGGUAGUAGAAGAAAUUUAUACCGUUAAAAAUUAUACUUAUAAAAUGAAAACGUCAGAAAUUAUAAAUUAUGUAAAUAAUGACGAAAGCUUUAAAAUUGAAAAAGCUAAAGAAGAUUACAAAGAAAUCAAUAAUUUCGUUAAUAAUAUAGUUGUAAUAACACGUGAAUUUUUUAAAAACAAUAUUAAUAUUAUAAAUAAUACAAGGGAAUUGAAUUUACGAGAAUAUUACUAUGGUAAAUACAUUACUAAUGAUUAUAAUAUGGAGUUUGUCGAUUUUAUUAGUGAAAAUUUAAACAAUUACUAUUUAAAAACGAUUGAUGACUAUUACUUCAAAAUUGGAUUCUAUGAAUUACUUCAUCCUAGUACAGCUGACCUCAUACCCCCUCAGAAGAACAUCUUUCCUCAAUAUAGAGCGAUUGAAGUACUAAAUACUUUGUUCCACAAAGGGAAUUGGGAGCUAUUGAAACAUAUAAGAAUUAUAGUUGAUGAUGAAAUAAUCACUACUAAUCGAAUUAUUAGAGAUACUGUAAAUGAUUUUAAUUUUAGUCUAAAAAACAAAUACUUUACUCUAAUGAUGCGAUGCAGAUACACUGAAAUAUUAAAAAAUUAUAAUACAUAUAUGUCCGCAGUAUUACAAAUAUGCAAAAAUGAAAAGAUUAAAAGUAAUUUAAAAGACUUUGUUGAUUGUAUUAUUAAUUUUCUUGAAGCGGUUCAUGAUUCAAAAGAAAUGUUUAAAAAUAUGUUGAUAGCUUUAGAUAUAUUAAAAGCUGAAUCAAUUUGGGAUAUAAAGUGUUAUGCACAUACAUCAUUAACUCACACAUAUAAUUUAUUAACUAUUUUUUUGCUCGAAAUUGAACAGCUUAUGUUAACAAGAGAUAGAAUUGUCAAUCUAUCUUUGAAUGAAGUAGAAUUAAUAUCCGAUGAAUUAUUAUUACAUAUCGUUAAAACAAAAUAUAACUUUAAUCAAAAUAUACAUAAACUAAGUCGUUUUAUCAAUCAACGUUGCUCCAUUGAAGUUUUAGAAAAAUAUCAAUUAAUAAAAUCAUGGAUGAAUGAAGUAAUGUUAUUGAAUAUUAACAUUAUAGAAUGUCCAAUACUUAUAUAUGAAUACGCAUUAAAUAAAUUUACGACAUUUUGUGAUAUUGCUAUUACAAAUGAAAAAAUCAACAAAGGAAGCCAUUCAAAGUACAACAAAAGGCAGUUAAAAGUACACCACAAACGUCAUUUGUCUAAAACUUUGUCAGCAGGUGCAGACUACCACUUGGGAAACGAUCUUAUUAAUGAUGUGGACAGUCCCAAUAACAUGUUUAUGACAAAAAAUGGGACAAUCGUGACGUCACAAAUUGGUGGAACCGUUAUUUUGCCCUGUGCCACAACCAAAUCUGGCAUAGCCACCGUAAGUUUACCAAUAAAUGUGCCAUAA